ACGUUUCUAUUUUGGUCACUGGCAGUGUCGGUGACGUUUUGUUCUCGAGUUGUCAUAACCUACCCUUUUCUGCCGCUGCAUUCGUGCCGUUACUUUAGCUGGCUGAAUCUUGAAGUCCGCAGCUGAGCUCAUAAUGAACACGCCAAAGUCGAAUCGCCAUUCAACAACUCCUCGUCGAACAUUUGGUGCAGAUGAUUCUGCAUUGGACGAUACUGAUGCUACACCCACCAGAUCUGCUCUACGAAGAGCUAUACCCCGCAUUUCAUUUGGGAGUUUGCAUCGUCCGAGUUUUAGUUUCAAGAAUAGUUCCGAUAACGAAGACGGCAUUGUUGUGUCGCUUACUGCCGAUAAGGCUCCCAUUCCUUCUGUUACUCAGCCUGCUCCGGAAGUGUACGCCACACCUUUGCCGGUGCUUUCAAUGAUCGUGCUGUCUAUUACUCUGUUGGGCGAAUUCCUGUCUGCGAACGUUUCCACGCCGUUUUUGUUGUUCAUGGUCAAAGGUUUUGGAAAGAUCACGGACGAAGCUGAAAUUGCGUUUUGGACUGGAGUUCUUGUGGCCACUUUCUUCCUCACACAAUUCCUCACUUCCUUGCUAUGGGCUACUAUCGCGGAAAAGCAUGGCCGGAGAUCCGUUCUAAUCGUCUCCCUAUUGGGUAGUGCUGUGACCUGUGCAAUUUUUGGGACAUCCACUUCUCUUCAACAAGCCAUAUGUGUACGUCUUUUACAAGGAAUUUUCGCAGGUGCUGUCGGUGUUGCUCGAGGCUCCGUUGCUUUUGUGACAGAUACCAGCAAUGAAGGUAGAGCUUAUGCUAUCCUAGGUUUCUGCUGGGGAUUAGGUGGUGUCGUUGGUGCCAUCAUUGGUGGAACUUUCGAACGUCCGGCGGACAAAUGGCCUGGCGUUUUUUCUGAAUUUCCAAUAUUCGUCGAAUUCCCGUAUCUUCUCCCUUGUGUAAUGGCUGCAAGUGUAACUCUCUCCGGCUCGAUUUUGGCUUGUUUUCUAGGGCCUGACGGUGGUCCUCGCCGGGGGGCGAUCCAACUUCUCCCUGAAAAGAAUUAUGACCAUCCAACAAUUCCUGAGGAAGACGAAGAGUCCAUGCCACCCAGUCCGGUAUUCGAAAAUCAAGACACCCGGAAUACAUUUACAGGUUCACUCAGAAGAUCAAUCGGCAAAAGACUUUCUGGAUAUCUUGGCAGUCGCGCACCCGAUACAUUACCUGGUUUAGAAUCCCCGCCGCCUCAACAGGCCGUUCCUAUGUCUAUCGGAACCAGACUUGAGCGGACCCGCACAGUAUCUAAUUCAAAGCCCAGUCGAUUUAAUGGUUCAGCAUAUGGUUAUGGCAGCCAUCGAAAUAGAUUGGCCAGCAACACCAGUUUGGCUCGAAGGCUCUCUAACCGCCGAGGUAGUGCGGUUAGCUAUGGCAGACGUGGUAGUAAUACCGCAGAUGGGUUCCCCUUGCGCGAAUCGUUCGUUAACGAUAUGAACUUUGCUCAAAGGCUGCUCAUGGCGAAUGAGAAUGCGGUUACAAAUAUUGCUGAUCUUUGGGUUGCCGCUGCAUUGAAUGUUGACAACGAGAAUCCUUUUGAAAGCGAUUCUGACGUAGACUCAAAUCAAGGAGACGGAGACUCUGAUUUUGAUGACCCUCUUGAGGAUUUUGCAGAUAAUGACAUUCCUGCCUCACCUACUACACAUUUUCCACGUCGCAGCUCUCGACCAUCUGUCAGUGGGUCAUCUAUUCGCCCGGCUAUUGGGUCUACACGCCAACAACCCUUCGGAUCACCUCGCCGUCCUUCUGUCCCAUCUAGGGCAAUACCUAUUCGUCAAUCCUCUUACAGCAGCAUGUCUGAUUAUGGGACGCCUACAUCUCGCAGAUUCUCGAAUGUCCCCAGUAUCUUUUCUCAUCCCGGUGUUAGAACUCCAAUUGCCGUUUUAGAUGCGCAGCAGCUUCUCCUCCGCGACGAAGAGGUAGUACCUGCCGAUAUAAAUGAAAAUGAAAACUUGGAACCUAUCCUGGAAUCUAGACGUGCAUCAACGAUUGUACCUGACGAAAAUGAAGUCCUGCACGAGAAGCCGCCAUCGCUAUCGUCCCAGAUCCCAAUUCUCGUUAUCAUUCAGUACGGUUUAUUGGCACUACACAGUACCACACAUGAUCAAAUAUUUAUGUCCUAUCUUGUGACUGAUUAUGACUCUGGAGGUCUCAACUUGAAUGCAGGACAUUUUGCACAACUUAUUGCGUUGAUGUGUUUAGCUCAGAUCUUUUACCAGUUCUAUCUGUAUCCAAAUCUCGGGCCCCCAAGAGGUCGUUUCUCACAUCUAACCAUGUUCCGGCUUGGUUCAUUAUUCUUCAUCCCGUCAUAUCUUUCCGUAAUUCUCUAUCGGGUACCUUUCGCCAGCGAACAGGAAGAUGGCAAUCUGCCCCUCAUGACCGCGUUGACUAUUAGCACUGCAUUGCGUUUCUGUGGUGGUACCUUUGCAUAUACGGCCAUCUCGAUUUUGUUGAAUUACAUGACGCCUCCUGACGCUGUCGGGUUCGCUAAUGGGAUUGCACAAAGCAUUGUGAGCUUGGCUCGGUGUGUCGGCCCUGUUAUGGGUGGCUGGCUAUGGUCAGUCAGUGUAGAAGGCAAUCCGAACGGAUAUCCUCUUGGAUUUAUUGUUUGCGCCGGCGUAUGUAGUCUCGCUGUUCUUCACAGUUUGUUCAUUCGGUGAAUUGCACGAGCAACUUCCUAUUCAUUUUCUACAGCACAUUUUUCGAUGUCGCGUGUUGUCUCAUGUCGUUCUUGGACUUUUCAUUUAGGUAAAACAGUGUAUAAUUAUUAGGCACGGCAUAAUUUCAACUUUCUCCUUAUGCUUCACCGCGGGGAAGGGAAAGCACGUAUCGGUCAAGAAUUGAACCUCUGUAAUUCGGCCCAUCAUUAAAAACAUUCGAACGUCAAACUCUACAAGUACUGUAUGUACGGAA